CUAUUCAACCCCUCGACAUCUCCCUUUAUUUACUUUGCCUCCUUCCCCUUCUCGUCCUCCUCUUCCUCAUCCUCCUCUCUCUCUCACCCCUCGGUCUCGCUGGUUCUUGCUAACGCCACGCACGCUCGCUGCUGAAUCCGUCUUCCCGGCGAAGAAGGAGGAGGAGGAGGGAUCCCGGCGAGGCGGUUGUUCGCGCGUGACCCGCUCGGUGAGGUGACCCUCUCGGCGGAGGAGUCGGAUUGCGUCUUGGAGACCGGUUCCGUCUUGUGGAUGGUCUUGGUGAUCGAGAAGAAAUCCGUGGCGGGUUGGUGAACCGGAGACGGGGAGGAAUUGGGGGAAGGGAAGGGGGGAGGAGGAGGAGGAGCUGUGUGUUCUUGGGUGGGCGCGCCGCGCGUUCUUGCGAGAUUGGGUGGUUGGUUUUGAUUGUGGUGGUAUGGUAGAAAAACUGCAGAUUUAAUCUGAACUGCGUUGGGGGGAGUGGAAGAGGAGGAAGAAAGAUCGGGUUUCGAGGCGGGGGGGGGGGAGAUGAGUUCCGGGUCGGCGGUGACGGGCGGCGGCGGCGGCGGGGCGGAGGACGCGGCGGCGGUGGCGCUGGGGCAGAAGCUGCCGGUGCACGUGGCGGAGAACGGCCACACCUUCGAGUUCAAGUGCGGCGGCGAGACCCCCGUGGAGGCAAUCCAGCGCACCAUCGAGGGCCUCUGCGGCAUCCCGCCGGCCGACCAGCUCCUCCUCUGCGGGAACACCUCGCUCGACGGCGCCCACCAUCUCGCCUACUACCAGCUGCCCCGCGACGACCGGGAGGUGUUCCUGUACAACAAGGCCCGGCUCCACGACGGCGCGCCGCGCCCCGCGCCGGAGUCGAUCGAAAUCCCCCAGCCGUCGAUCCCGCCGCCGCCCCGGCCACAGGAUUCCCCGCCGCUGGAUGUGUCCUCCGACCCGGCGCUGAAGGCCCUGGUGUCCUACGAGACCACGUUCAGAUACCACUUCCAGGUGGGGAAUGCCGUGUAUCAGUCUAGCGUGGCGAAGCACGAGGUGUGCUGCCGGCUGCUGCGGGAGGGGCAGGUGCAGGAGCGGGCACUCGACACCGCCCGGAGCAACCUGGAGCACACGGCCCGGAAGCUCACGCAGCGGUAUUCGGAUUUCGUCAAGUGCUUCUCGCAGCAGCAUCGUGGCCAUGCCGAGAUGCUGGCGAAUUUCGAGAGGGAUGUGGAGAGGCUGCGCGCCGUGAGGCUUCACCCGGCGCUGCAAUGCGAGGGGAGGCGCUCCUUGAUUGACCUCGUUAAGGAGAAUGACCUGAGGAAGCUGGCAGAUGGGUGCUUCAGCUCACAUAAACAGUUUGAUGUUAAGGUCUCACAGCACAAGGCCAAAUUCAUGGAAUUGAAGAAGAGGCUUGAAAAUUUGUUUAAUAUUAUGAGCUCGACUGGGUGCAAGGAUCUUGAGGCGAUGAUAAAGGAACACGAGAAAUUCAUCGGUGACCAGAAAAUCAUCAUGCAGUCUCUAAGUAAAGAUGUGACUACUUCAAAAAAGCUUGUUGAUGACUGCUCAAACUGCCAGCUUUCUGCAUCUCUCCGCCCUCAUGAUGCGGUUUCUGCAGUUGGCCGCAUCUAUGAAGUACAUGAAAAGGACAACUUGCCCAGUGUCCAUAAUAUCGAUCGCUUGUUCACAAAGUUGCUGGAGAAAUGCAAAGCCAAGAAGAAUGAAAUGAAUACCUUGGUACAUGUUAGCAUGCAAAGGGUCAAAUCUGCUCAGAUUGUUAUCAAGGAAAUGAUGAACGAACUCCAUGCAUUCCAAGAGGUGAUGGGUCAUCAAGAUAAAAUUUUCGAUAGCCUAAAACUUGCCAGUGGCAUGGGUCAUGCGUACAGGGCUUGUCUUGCUGAGGUCGUACGAAGAAAGUCUUCUUUUAAGCUUUAUACUGGCUUGGCAGGGCAGCUUGCUGAAAAGCUAGCCACUGAGCGUGAAGCUGAGGUAAGAAGGCGAGAGGCCUUCUUUAGGACAUGGAGUAAGUACAUUCCAGAAGAUAUCAUGGGUUCCAUGGGACUUUUUGAUUCCCCAAGCCAGUGCGAUGUAACAGUUGCUCCAUUUGAUUGCAAUCUUCUCUCAAUUGAUGUUGAUGAUGUGGAAAAACUUGCACCCCAAUCUUUGGUCGGGUCUUUUCUGAAAUCUGAGAGAUCACAACUGCCAAAGUCCUCCUUGAGCAAUUCUGGUACCAGUGGAAAUUUGAGUAAAUCCGAGCAAUAUCCGCCGAAUGCUGAUGAUAAGAUGGAUUUCCAAGACUUUCUGGGGGGUUUUGACAGUGUGGAUAUUGCUGGAACUAGUAAAUUGGAAGUUGAAAAUGCCAGAUUAAAAGCAGAACUUGCUUCUGCAAUUGCAGUUCUCUGCAGUUUUGGCGCCGAAUAUGGAUAUGAAUCUAUUGAUGAAGGGCAAAUUGAUAAUGUACUGAAAGAUGCAAGGGAAAAAACAGCUGCAGCACUUUCUGCAAAGGAUGAGUAUGCUAAUCACCUGCAGGCAAUGCUUACAGCAAAGCAGAAUCAAAAUUUGUCCUAUGAGAAGCGCAUCCAGGAGCUUGAGGAGCAAUUAGCAAACCAGUACAUACAAGGGCACGUGAUUUCUGGAAGCAAAGAUGCAUCUGAUUCCCUCCUUUCUGCAUUUAAAGCUAAUGACUGCAACUUGCACAUAUCUGGAGGGAGGCAAACCCAAGUACGCGAUGAAUCAAGUGUGGCCAUGGAUGAGGCCUCUUCAACAUCUGAGCAGCCAUCUAAACAAACAGAAGGUGGGGAUGAGAAUAUGACCGACAUUUCAGGUGCACUGAACUUGCAAUUGCUCGAUCCAAUAGCACGCACUAAUUUGGAUGCUUUCAUGGCAGAAUUGCCACCUGAUAGUGAACAUAAAAUUGUUGAUUCUGAUAAGGAAGGGCAAGUAUUGACACAGUUUACUACGACUGAUACUUCUGGGGUUCCUAUAGAAGAUCCUCUUGGCAUCUUAAACUCCAGAACUAACGAGCAUCAUACCUCAGAGCUGAGAAACAAAGAGCUGCUUGUGUCAGAGUUGCAAAGUACUCUGGAAGACAAAUCAAAAAGGUUAGAUGAAACUGAAAGCAAGCUUAAUGCCUUGGUGGAUGAGGUCAACUCUCUGAAGAAAGAACUUGAACACACCCAGGGUCUGCUUGAUGAGUCUCAGAUGAACUGUGUGCAACUGGAGAACUGCUUACACGAGGCAAGAGAAGAGGCCCGCACAAACAAAUGUUCAGCUGACAGAAGGGCUGUUGAGUAUGAUGCCCUGCGUUCAUCUGCUCUGAGGAUACAUGGUCUGUUUGAGAGACUAAAUAACUGUGUCACUGCACCAGGCAUGUCUGGUUUUGCGGACUCACUGCGUGCUUUAGCUCUCUCAUUAGCAAGUGCAAAGAAGGAUGAAGGUGAUACAACCAUUCAGUUUCAGCAAUGCAUCAAGAUCCUGGCAGACAAAGUUGGUUUUCUAUCACGACAGAGUGCUGAGCUGCUAGAACGCUACUCAAGGAUUGUAAGAGUGUUGGAGGAGAAGAAAGAGUCGAUUAAAAAUUUGUACAGUAAGCUUCAACUGGAAAAACAGGCUAGUAAGGAGAAGAUAUCAUUCGGCCGUUUCGAAGUUCAUGAGCUCGCGGUCUUUGUUCGGAACCCUGCUGGGCAUUACGAAGCAAUCAACCGGAACUGCUCAAACUACUACCUAUCAGAGGAAUCAGUGGCCCUAUUCACGGAGCAGCAUCCACGGCACCCAGCUUACAUAAUCGGGCAGAUUGUGCACAUCGAACGGCGCAUAGCAAAGCUGCCCUCGCACGGUGACCAGAUGGAAGCUUCACGCCUUGAUAGCGGUGGCCGCCGGUCGCCCGCUUCCAUGCUGAACCCGUACAAUCUGCCUGUGGGAUGUGAGUACUUCCUGGUGACGGUCGCGAUGAUACCUGACAAUAUUCGUUGAAAACGCCUUCCUGAUCAUGCCUAUGGCUGCUGAAAUGAAGGGAGAAACUCUCAACUGUAAAUAUACUGAAACUGAAAUUUAUAGACUUCCUUGGUUGCUUGUGGCUUCUUCAUCCUUUGUACAUAAUGAUGAUGAUCAGGUUCCUUUGUAAAUAGACUCUCAGCUACCACUGAUGUUAUCAUCUUCGUUCAAGCAGACUGAAUAUUCUUUCAUAUCA